AUGGCCAGCAAAUGCAUCUCCCUGAUUACCGCUUUAUUUCUCGUUUCACUGGGUCUUAGCGCACAACCACUCACCUCCUAUACCAAUCUGCAAAGACAAGUAAUGGUUUGGGAUAACGGGCUUAUCCGUAAAAUCGACUAUCUGCCUGCGGUAGAAAUGAAAAUUGGCCGUACAACUAUCCCAUUCCUGGACAACUCCCGUUCCUUUAAGAUCUAUUAUGGCGGAGCUGCACGCGUUAUCAAUGCCGGCUUCACCAACUCUUUUAAUACCAGUGACCACCUCGUUACCUUCCUGAAUUCAAAAUCGCUGAAUGUAUUUGAUAAGGGUAAAAUCACCAACCUCUCACUGCUUUGUAAUGAAUACUAUAUGGGUGAUAGCCUGGUUGUAUUCCUGGAUGGCGUCCGUACAGAAUAUAAAGCCUAUUACAAUGGAGAGAUCUACCCGAUAGAAAGCUACCUCGCAUCAAACGCGUUAAAGGGGAUUGCCGUUUCUGAUAAUAUUGCAGCUUAUACCAACUACGCCCGCCAGUUCCGGAUAUUCUACCACGGUGAAGUCAUUGCACAGGAAGACAAUCCGGUUAAUUCAUUUGGUGUGGGCCGCAAUACCGUGGCGUAUAUGGAUGCGGAUAAAAAAUUAGUGAUCCUCGGCGCCGGCUUUGCCGGACUUCAAUUGGCCAGAAGACUUCAGAAAAACGAUAUUGAGAUCACGUUAAUCGACCAGUAUAAUUUCCACCAGUUCCAACCCUUAUUCUACCAGGUAGCCACGGCCCGUCUCGAACCCUCUAGUAUUUCCUUCCCUUUACGAAAGGUUUUUCAACGCCGGAAGAAUGUACACGUGCGUAUUACCCGGGUGACCCAUAUAGACAUCCAGGCACAGCAGGUACACACCAAUGAUGCCGGCGUUUUCGACUAUGACGGCCUGAUCGUUGCAACAGGUUGCACCAGCAAUUUUUUUGGCAAUAAAAACAUUGAAAAGUUUGCCUUCCCGAUGAAGAGUACGCCGGAGGCAAUCACCUUACGGAACCGCCUGUUAUUAAAUUUUGAGAAAGCACUGGCGGCUUCUCCUUACGAGCUGGAAGCCAUUAUGAAUAUUGUAGUAGCAGGCGGAGGCCCCACGGGUGUGGAGCUGGCGGGCUCUUUAUCGGAAAUGAAGCGCAAUGUAUUGCCACGUGAUUACCCCGAUAUGGACUUUACAAAGAUCACUAUUUACCUGAUCGAAGGAAGCCCCAAUACCCUGAAUGUGAUGAGCGAACCCUCGAAGCGCAAGUCGCAGGAGUACCUGGAAAAUAUGGGGGUAAAGGUCUGGACCAACACCCUUAUUAAAGAUUAUGAUGGCAGCGUAGUGACGAUGGCCGACGGGCGCACUAUUCAUACCCAUAAUCUUAUCUGGGCCGCCGGGGUAACGGGUAAUGUACCGCCCGGCAUUCCUAAAGAAACAUUGGUUCGGGGCAACCGUAUUAAGGUGAAUGAGUUUAACCAGGUAGAUGGUCUGACCAAUGUUUUUGCCAUCGGGGAUAUUGCGUAUAUGGAGCAACAGGACUGGCCAACCGGUCAUCCUCAACUGGCCAAUGUAGCUAAUCACCAGGCGAUGCACCUCGCUAAAAAUCUGAAACGCCUGCAGCGAAACGAAGCGAUGCAGCCAUUCAAAUAUAAAAACCCGGGCACCAUGGCUACUAUCGGCAAGCGGAAAGCAGUGGUGGACCUGCCCUUCAUCAAGUUUCAGGGAUUGCUGGCCUGGCUUACCUGGAUGUUCCUGCACCUGAUGCUGAUUGUUAGUGUAAAAAAUCGCCUGAUCAUUUUUAUUAACUGGGCCAUCAGCUAUUUCACCAACGACACUACGUUACGCCUUAUUCUUUUACCCACGAAAAAACAGAUUGAACUGGCCGAAGAGAAAGCCGCUGAAACUCCGGAGACCGGUUAUCCUGUAUUUGAUGAAAUGGUAUGCUAUCGCUACCAGGACACGACGACUUUUGCGGAGCUGAUGGUGUUCCAGAAAGAUAUUAUAGUAGACGGGCAAACCUUGCAUAAAGUGGCCGAUGUACUCAAGCUGGACGGUACCGGGCGGCAUAAGAUAGUGGUUGUUGGUGCCAACCGUUUUGCGGCUUUCUCCCAGAGAAAUAUCAUUAUUGCAGUGGAGGAUAUUGAUACCAGCGGCCAGUAUAGGCAACCUCAAAAGUCGAUACAGAUCCAUAGCGCUUAUACGCUUCAGCACAAGGGUUAUGUGUUUGAAAAAGUACCGACCCGCAAGCUUUAUCGCAUUGGCGACGACUUUUAUAAAGACCGGUGA